GUAAGGUCGUGCUCAGGCAAGUGAUUGGUAUCCCAAUGGGGAAAUCGUCCAGCCCACCAUUGGCAUGCAUGAUGUGUGCCAAAGGGGAAUGGGAUUUCCUGACGACAUUGGGAAACCAACGCAGGUAUGUGGCUGGUCUACGUUUUGUAGAUGACAUGUCAUGUUUCGUGGCUUACAAUGCGAAGAGGAGGGACGGAGAAAAGAAGGCGCGGGAAAUAUUGAGAAUGUUCGAGAAUUGCUAUGACCGGGCUCUAACACUGAAGAGGACAGAUAAUGACGAGAAAACCUGGGAAUUCCUAGGUUGUGAGCUGAACGUGAGGGAUAACUACCCUUACCUGGGCUGCUAUCAGGCGGUGAAGAAUGAGCCGUAUCUAGUAAAUGGGAGCAGUUUGACAUUUGGCGCUUUUCAGGACUUUGGGUCAUGGACAUGCAAACGGGCAAAGCUAGCGGUAAUUGUCAGCGCGUUGCAUCAGAUUGAGGCAAAUUCAUUUCCUGGCUCAGGCAUGAUCAGAGCAGUGAUUUUGGUGAAGAUGGAGCUGCGACGAAGGGACUAUCCGAGUCAUUACUUUGACCGGGGCAUGAGGAACUUCUCCCGAGAUAAGGGAAACACAUGGAAGAUGAUCGCCGAAUUGCGGAAGGGCGACACGUACGAACGAGAAAUGAUUGACAGAUAGCUUGGAUUAGUAGUCUGUAUUGGAUAGUUUUUUUUUUUUGUCUCGGACAGGUUCGGUUUGUCCAGUUUGUACGGACCAGGGUGCCGCCCACAGCCUUGGAGUGUGAAUUCUUCACAGACAUAGGGAUGGUAUGGGACUUGAUCCCGGGACCGGUUGUUUGUUUGUUUCUGUUUGUUUCUGUUUCUGUUUUUACGAUUCUUAAUUUUUCUGCUGUUUUGUUUUUGAUGUUUCGGGUAGGAUUUGAUCUCGUGUACUGAGGAAUAGUAGUAGGCUGGGAGUAAAGCAGAGGUUUUCUG